CCUCAGGGCAGUCGGCGGCAGCCCCAACCCGCAGUGGGCCCCGUCGGUGAGUCGGUGGGCUGGGGCUCACCCUGCCUCCGGCCUCUUCAUGGGGAACACCAUCAGAGCCCUGGUGGCCUUCAUCCCCGCUGACUGCUGCCAGAACUAUGUGGUCAGAGAUCUCCGGGAGAUGCCCGUGGACGAGAUGGCAGAUCUGAGUGGGACCCAGCUACGCCAUUUCCCCAGGCACGUGUGCUCCUUCCGGGAGCUGGUCAAGCUCUACCUGAGUGACAACCACCUCAACAGCCUGCCUCCUGAGCUGGGGCAGCUGCAGAAUCUGCAGAUCCUGGCCCUGGAUUUCAACAACUUCAAGGCUCUGCCCCAGGUGGUGUGUACUUUGAAACAGCUCUGCAUCCUCUACUUGGGUAACAACAAACUUUGCGACCUCCCCAGUGAGCUGAGCCUGCUUCAGAAUCUCCGGACCCUGUGGGUCGAGGCCAACUGCCUCACCCAGCUGCCGGAGGUGGUCUGCGAGCUAAGUCUCCUAAAGACUCUGCAUGCCGGCUCCAAUUCUCUGCGUCUGCUGCCAGGCCAGCUCCAGCGCCUCCGAGAGCUGCGGACCAUCUGGCUCUCAGGCAACCUGCUGACUGACUUCCCCCCCGUGCUGCUGCACAUGCCCUUCCUGGAGGUGAUCGACGUGGACAGGAACAGCAUCCGUUACUUCCCCAGCCUGGCCCACCUGUCGAGUCUGAAGCUGGUCAUCUAUGACCACAAUCCCUGCAGGAACGCACCCAAGGUGGCCAAAGGUGUGCGCCGCGUGGGAAGAUGGGCAGAGGAGACGCCAGAGCCUGACCCCAGAAAAGCCAGACGCUACGCCUUGGCCAGGGAGGAAAGUCAGGAGGGAGAGGCACUUGUCCUGCCUCCUCUACUUCUUCCUCCCAACUCCUGAGGAGCUUCAGUCGUAGGUCAACGCCAAGGAUCCGACUCCAGCAUCUUCCGAUCUCUCCUUUAGAGGGUACAGGAUUGCUCUGGGACACACGGGAUGCUCUGCCAGUGGGGAGUGAUGGAAGUCCA